AUGACGUCCAAACCUUGGAAUCUUGGCUGGUUCGGCCACCGCAGGACGAAAUCCGAUCCAUCAUCUCGCAAACGCGUACGCGACUCCACGCAUUCAUCCAGCUCCGCCCUCUCCAAGAUCAAUCCAUUCCACUUUCUCCGCCAUCGGCGAACGAAGAGCGCUCCGGUAGAUGCGCGGACUACUUUUGAGAAGAAGGGCUCGCACGCUGCGAGCGAGAACAUUGCUUUGAGUAGUUCCGACGACACUAUCCCGUCCUUCUGCGCCGGCAACGAACGACUUCCGAGCUAUCAUGCAUACAAACCGCCAUCUACCCAGCCCAGUCUCUUACCGGCUUUGGAAACAUGCUCGUCGGGUGGCUCCGUUUUGACCGUUGCCCGCUCAUCGUCUGAUCACCUCGGCCUAGCCAAACCCAAAGUUGAUCGCGCUACUCAGGACCAUGGACCAGUUGCUUUCAAAUCGCUCGAACGCUUUUCCGAUUUGAAGGCUGCCUGUAUUCACAUCGCGCUCUUAGAGACCCGCAUCCAAGAACUCGAGUCACGUAUACCUGUGGCCUUUGAGCCCAGUGCCCUUCUAGUCGACAAUCCUGCUCGCAACUCGAGUGAUAGGAAACAAGAAGCGUCGCCCCAAGCCAGCCGGGAAAGGAUCGUGACCUACGCGGAAGCAGGGAUACAAGCGGACGCAUCUGGGAUCCAGACGUCGGACUCGGCACCGAGCGAAGUGAACGACAAGGACAAAUAUGUCUGCUCUCUCCGGCUCACAUUACACGCGAGGCGCGAAGUUCGUCAUUGGAGGAAGAUGUGCAAGUAUUGGGAACGACGCGCGCGAUCUCAUGAAGUGGACUCGUCUGAGACAGCUAUCAUCACGCCGAGUUCUAGUGGUCUACCGGAUAUCGAAGAGGAGACGCUCAGCGAGGACAGGAAGAAGGCCCUCGGGGAACUCAUAGAGCGUCGCAAGCGAAGCCAGCAUAGGAGGUCUUUCUCGGUAGGACGGGUCGGGCAUCAUAGACACAGGCCAUCGAUCAGCAUCUCAGAGCGUCGCCGGCGGAUAUCUGGUCUCUCUCCCUCGCGGAACGGUGUCACAUCUGCUUCUUUGCUUGCGAUCGGAACGACUAUGGUUUCCUUCCCGUCUUCGUCGUCUGAAUUCUCUACGGCGUCAGAUGCAUCGAUGCAGACACAGUACGGCAAUGAUGGCAAAAACCUAGGAGAGGGAACCACGGUGGUCUCCCUGAUCCGUAAGCCCACGCCGCAUCCGACCUCCAUGGCAAAAGCCGUCUCCGUCUCCGCAGCUCGCAGGAUCGUCCUCCCUGUCAGAUCCGCGCCCUCAGAAAAUUCGAACCCGGCCAUGGCCCACAUCGGCACUUUGUCUGCCAGCCAAAGUUCGAAAAGCGUCCGCCGCAAGACUAGUCAAUCAACACUGACCGGGAAAGUGGCGCGUUCUUCAUCUGUUGCUGCUUUACCCAAGAGCAAAUCCAAGACACCGCCACGCACCCCGCUCAGGGACAGAUCUGGAGUUUUGAAUGAGAGAUUCGGCAAAAAUACGCCAAGACAUGUCACGUUCGACGCACCUACCAUGCAGCGACUGCCUACAGUGAAGGGGAGCGUGUCUAGCAUUCCUCGCUCCAAAAUGACCCCUUCCCACCUUCCCUCUCCGCUGGUUCGGAGCUCAUACGGCGUCUCGCGCUGA